AUGUCCUCAUUUGGAACCAUUUUCAAGGUCACAACCUACGGUGAAAGUCACUGCAAAUCCGUCGGCUGCAUCGUCGACGGAGUUCCACCAAAUAUGUCGCUCGAGGAAGCCGACAUCCAACCUCAGCUCACCAGAAGAAGGCCGGGCCAGUCGAAGCUUUCCACGCCGAGGAACGAAAAGGACAAGGUCGAAAUCCAGUCGGGAACUGAGUUUGGAAAAACUCUCGGAACUCCAAUUGCAAUGAUCGUCCGCAACGAAGACCACCGUCCAAAGGACUACUCCGAGACUGACGUCUUCCCCAGGCCUUCUCAUGCCGAUUACACCUACCUCAAGAAAUACGGUGUGAAGGCCUCUUCUGGUGGUGGAAGAUCGUCUGCUAGAGAAACAAUUGGCCGUGUUGCAGCUGGUGCAAUUGCCGAGAAGUUUUUGGCCCAGAGCCACGGUGUUGAGAUCGUUGCGUUCGUCAGCGGGGUUGGCACGAUUUCCAUUGACAGAGACCCACGUUCUGCUGAAUUCCAAAAGCUACUUUCUACCAUCACACGUGAACAGGUGGAUUCUUUUGAGCCAAUAAGAUGCCCUGAUUCUACUGUUUCCCAGAAGAUGACCGAUCUUGUCACCCAGCUGAGGGACAGCCAGGACUCCAUUGGUGGUGUCGUGACUUGUGUCAUUCGUAAUCUUCCAAUUGGUUUGGGAGAGCCAGCUUUUGACAAGUUGGAAGCCAUGCUUGCUCAUGCCAUGCUUUCCAUUCCAGCCACCAAGGGCUUCGAAAUCGGUUCCGGAUUCGAAGGAACCAAGAUCCCUGGUUCUCAGCACAAUGAUCCUUUCUACGCCAAGGCAGACGGCGCCCUUGGAACCACUACUAACAACUCCGGUGGAAUUCAGGGUGGAAUUUCCAACGGAGAGCCCGUCUACUUCAGCGUUGCUUUCAAGCCUCCUGCCACUAUCUCUCAGUCGCAGAGCACAGCUUCUUACGAGGGUGAGGACGGAGUUCUCAAAGCUAGAGGAAGACACGAUCCUAACGUCGUUCCUAGAGCUAUCCCAAUUGUUGAGGCUAUGGCUGCGCUUGUUUGCGCUGAUGCUCUGCUGAUACAAAAGUCGAGGGAGUACACCUUUGGUCAGUUGAGUUAG